AGUCGAGAAAUAUACGUUAGAUCCAAAAGGUCUCCAGAACUAACGGUUGUGAUUAAUUGUUGUCUGUUGACCGGAACUCGCACGUGACAUUGGAUCUCCAAUCCAAAACUGUUUUCCCCCAAUCUAUCUAUCAAUCAUCUCUCCAUCGAGCCCUAGCCUCCUCCUCCACCUCGCGCGCGUCAAAUUUUGUCAACUUCAUCCCCGGAGCUUCUUCUUUUUGGAUUCGGUUCUCGAUCUAUGAGAAAGAGGAUUUGCAAUAUCGAUUAUUCACAUUUUGGAUUCUAGGAUCAACCUUUAGUGUGUUCCUUUUGAGACCUUCUUUGGAGAAGAUUGAAAACAAUGUCAUCUGAAUCACAGAAUCUCCCUGCUACGGUCACACCAGAUGCUCACCCUCCUCCUGUUGCUGUAGAAGCUGGAAAUGAUGAUUCACCUAAAGGAGUAGCGUCAAAGCUAUCUGCCUCUGGGAUCUCAACGUGGGCCAAAAGCUUGAAGGUUCCCCAGCCCUUUGCUUCCACCUCUGAUGUUGAUAACUCUGAAAAGUCCGCCUUUGCGAAAUUUACAAGCGGGUUGGGGCUUCGUUUGUCUCCCAAAUCUCCUCAACCAGAUGAGACCACGGACGGAGCUUCAUCUUCUGCACAGCCCGGUUUGUUUGGGGCGAUUACUAAAGGUUUGGUUGAUACGUCAAAGAACGCUGUCAAGGCAGUUCAGGUCAAGGCUCGUCAUGCUGUGUCCCAGAACAAAAGAAGAUACCAGGAAGGAGGGUUUGAUUUGGAUCUGACUUACAUAACAGAGAACAUUAUUGCAAUGGGGUUUCCUGCUGGUGAUAUGAGUUCUGGCUUUUUUGGAUAUGUCGAGGGUUUCUACCGCAACCAGAUGGAAGAAGUUAUUAACUUUCUUGAAACUCAGCACAAGGGAAAAUACAAGGUUUAUAAUCUUUGUUCAGAGAGGUUGUAUGAUGUAUCACUAUUUGAAGGGAAGGUGGCCAGUUUCCCAUUUGAUGAUCACAAUUGCCCGCCAAUCCAUUUGAUUACCUCAUUUUGCCAAAGUGCAUAUUCGUGGUUGAAGGAGGACAUAGAGAAUGUUGUGGUUGUUCACUGUAAGGCGGGAAUGGCCAGGACAGGGCUUAUGAUAUGUAGUCUUCUUCUGUAUCUGAAGUUUUUUCCAACUGCGGAAGAGUGCAUGGACUUCUACAAUCAGAAACGAUGUGUGGAUGGAAAAGGGCUUGUGCUACCUAGCCAAAUUAGAUAUGUGAAAUACUUUGAACGAAUAUUGACCUACUUCAACGGGGAAAAUCAACCAGGCCGCAAGUGUAUGCUUAGGGGAUUCCGGCUCCACAGGUGUCCCUAUUGGAUCAGGCCAUCCAUCACCAUUUCAGAUCACAAUGGUGUUCUCUUUACCACGAAAAAACAUCUUCGGACCAAGGAUUUAUCGCCAGAAGACUUUUGGUUCAGUGCGCCAAAGAAAGGGGUUAUGGUCUUUGCCUUACCCGGAGAGCCUGGUCUAACAGAAUUGGCUGGGGACUUCAAAAUCCAUUUCCACGACCGCCAAGGAGACUUUUACUGCUGGUUAAACACGACAAUGAUGGAAAACAGAGUGAUCCUAAAAACCAGUGAGCUUGACGGGUUUGACAAGAGGAAGCUACCUUCGCCUGGGUUUAUGGUCGAAGUUGUUCUUGCUGAUAUUGACUCAACAAUCCCUCCAAAACCAAGUUCUGAACCAGCAUCCAAGGCACCUGAAGAAACUUCAGCAGCUAAUUCUUCCCCUGCAGAGGGUGUUACACCUGUUCCAGCACCUAAGAAAGAAACACAGAACCCUGAUAAGGACGAUGUCUUCUCUGACAACGAAGCAGACUCAACUGGUCCAAACAAAACCACAUCAUCUGUUUCUUCUCAAACCCCAGAAGCCAAACAGAGCUCAGAUGAAACCUCUGGUCUGGCUCGUGCGACUGAGAAAGUGUCUAUUUCUGGAAACAAGGGGUCAUCAUCAUCACAGCCGGUGCAAGGAACGGUUAGCAAGGCUGAAGCGACAGAGAAACCCACAGGGUCAGGGGUCAACGUGCCAAGCUCAGAGAGUAGUGAGUUCAAGGUUAUGGCAGCUGAUGCAUCUGUGUUCUCUUUUGGAGAUGAAGAUGAGUUUGAUAGCGAUUGAAGAAUGAUGAUUUAAAAGAAGGAAGAUGUGUACAUAAGAAAAAAACAAGGGAGUGUUUAAAUCAAUGAGAUGAAUCCAUUCAUUGUGGUGUGGUUUCUUGUUGUUGAUGUUGGAUUUUACUGUUGUGUUUUUUUUUCCUUCUUUUCUUGAAUGUUACUACACCAAAUUAUACGUUGGUUGCUUACAUCUUUAAUUUGUAUUCCGACUUUUUAUUAUUUGGAAUCAUAAAACAAUUCAUGGUCUA